AUGCCGAUUGUCCCAUCAACUGUGGUGGCCUCGGGUGGUGAAGUGAUUGGUCGCGAGGGCGAUCCGUCGGUACGCAGGGCGAACGCGAAGAAGCUGGGGGCCGGCUACACCAGGAAGAAGCGCCUUCUCGAGUGCUGCUACCUCUCCGCCUCCACAUUCCUGUGGUGCAACAACGUGAUCUCGUGCGGCCGCUACUUUGUCUUUGCGUCCGAUGCGAACGUGAUGCAGCUCUUGUGGAUGCCGCUGUUCAUCAUUGCGGCCAUGACGCUGGCAGACCUCGUCUCCGGCCUCGCCCACUGGGGCCUGGACACAUGGGGCACCCCUGACACGCCGAUAUUUGGCAGUUUUAUCCGCAGCUUCCGCGAGCACCACGUUAGUCAGUCCGCCAUGUGCAGGCACGACUUCAUCGAAACAAAUGCUGACACAACGCUGCCGCUGCUCCCCCUACUGCUGCUCCAGUACUCGUACGUGCGGUCCGAAAACCACAGCGGCAACGACUAUGUCAACAACCUGCAUCUCCGCAACAUCGGUGCGCAUGUCUUCUUCUGCACCCUCUUCGCCUUUAUAGCCAUCACGAACGAAAUCCACAAGUGGGCACACCAGGCGAAGCAGCCCCGCAUCGUGCGCAAGGCGAUGGACAUUGGCAUUCUCCUUUCCCCGACUGCUCACCGCAGGCAUCACAAGGACCCCUUCGACCGCACCUACUGCAUCACAACGGGGUGGCUGAACCCUCUGUUUGACUCCACGAACUUCUGGCGCCACCUGGAGUCUCUCGUGUCCUCCAUCACAGGCGAGAUCCCGCGCGCAAAUGACCAGGAGCUUCUGGGGAAGUAA